GGUUCAAAUUCAAGGUUAGCUGACUCAACAAGGCGCCCCUACAGGCGAAGCUGGCAGAGUAAAGGCUUCAACUCUUCUCCAUGGCAGCCCACCAAAACUUGGCUUCGAAGAUCUUCUGUUUGUGCUGCAGAGACUGUGAGGACCCCCGGGCCAUGGAUGACCCCAAGGCCCCCAGUGAACCCCAGGAUCAGCAGCCAUCCACCUGCAGUAGGUACCAGACAAGGACACACCGUCCAGCCUCUCUAGACCUCAGUUUUUUCAUCCCCCUUCUGCUCUCUGAGAACAGAGGCAUGGGAGGGGAGAAGUUUGCUGUACUUGUGCAGCUAGCGAAGGACAGAGGUUUGCAGAAGGAGGGGCUGGACAGCAAGAAUUCGAAGCCUGCUAAUGAAGCCUCCCACUCGCCUUUGGGACAACCUCUGAUCCACCCAGAAAAGAGAGCCUCCACCACCAGCAACAAUGAGUAUGAAGAACUGAAUACACACUCCCAAAGAGGUUUCUGCAAGAGAAACCUAAACCGCUACUCCCGGGACCGCUGGCCAUUCCAGCCGUGUCACAUCGGGAGGCCCUGAGCAUUCUAGACCGCCACUCCCACGCGGGCCUCCCAGGCUGCGGGCCGCUGGGGUGUCUCCGGAAGGAAGAGGCAGUGAGCAGGGGCCAUGAAGACGGAUUCAGAAACUCCCCCGGGAGGAGAAGACGUCUGAGCCACCCCUGUGCCACCAGCAGGAGUCACUCCAGCUCCUGAAAAAGCCACUGUGGAGGGAGCUGUUUCCAAUUAAAGCCCUUGGUGAUAUCGCAGGACUGUAUCUCUCUUUUCCCCUCCUCCUUACGGGGAGCAUCUUCCAAACGCCUCACUGGUUUUACAUGUAUUAUCCUGUCUCCCUAACCUAAAACAAAAAACUUAAACCUUGUAUCUUUUUUUUUUUUUCAUUUUGAAACCAUCUUGAACUUACUGAAAGUUGCAGAACAAAGAACUCCUAGUUACCUUUUACGCAGACUCAACAAUUGUGUACACCUCCACCAUCUGCUCUGUCAUUUCUUUUCUCUCUCUCUCCCUGUGUUUUCUGAGCCAUCUGACAGGAAUCCCGUUAUUCCUGAACACCUCCCUGUUGUGUUUCCUAAGAACAAGGAUGUUCUCUUAGGUAACUUCAGGACAGUUACUGAAAACAAGAAACUCAAUAUUGAUACACUAGUAUCAUCAAUUGUCCCGAAAAUGUCUUCCAGCUGCUUUCUUGCCAAGUGCAGGAUCGAAUCCGACAUCGCGAGUCACACGUCAUUGUCACGUCCCUUGAGUGUAUUUUUAAUCUGGAACGGUUGUCUUUAUCUUCAUGAGCUUCCCGUUUCUGAAGCAUAC